AUGACGUCAGAGGGACUGGCAGUGGAUUGGGUUAACCACAAACUGUACUGGGUCGAGAGCUACCUUGAUCAAAUCGAAGUUUCAAACUUUUGGGGCAAGGAACGACUGACUGUUAUAUCGGGCGAAAUGAAGAACCCCAGAGGCAUUGUUUUAUACCCUCGAUUAGGUUACAUGUUCUGGACUGAUUGGGACCCGAAGUAUCCAAGAAUAGAGCGGGCAUCGAUGAGUGGCGAUAAUAGAGUUGUAAUAUUCAACGUCUCCAAGGUGGUGGGUGCUGGCUGGCCCAACGGGAUCGCCAUCGACCACGAGUUGGUUCGUCUCUACUGGAUUGAUGCAAAAUCUGAUUCAAUCCACACGAUAACUUUCGACGGUGGGGAUGAGAGGGAGAUCCUCAGGGGCUACGAGUACCUCUCCCACCCCUUUUCCAUCACCAUCAUCGACCAUCAGAUGAUCUGGACUGACUGGAAGACCAACUCCAUCUACAUGGUCGGUUGA